GCCGGCAGAGGAAAUGCUCGUAGACCAAUCACAUCUGUGUUUACACCAUCACCUGUCAAACACACACACCCUCUGCUUUAUUUUCUCUCUGUAAGGAGCUGAAACAAACACUCACACUGAAGCGCCUACGGUAGCCGCUAACUGGACGGACUCUCUGGCAAUUGACCUUUUGCAGUGGAAUAGCGGAAUAACUCUUGAACCAUGAGCUCAGUGGCUGUGUUGACCCCGGAGAGCUUUGCGGAACAUCGCAGUGGCCUCAAGGACCAUGAGAUUACAGGCUGCGUCCCAGAGGAUGAAGCCUACAUCCCCACUUACCUGGAAGCCUUCCCUCCGCUGCCGGAGAAGGGAGCGCCAGGAGAGAAGGCUGGGGAACCGGCUUCAGCAUGGGGCAGCAAGAUCAGGCCCAUUAAAGCUUCUAUCAUCACCCAGGUGUUUCACGUGCCCCUGGAGGAGCGUCGCUACAAGGACAACAGCCAGUUCGGGGAGGGUGAAGAGGCCAAAGUGUGCCUGGAAAUCAUGCAGCGGACGGGGGCCCAUAUUGAGCUAUCCCUGGCUAAAGACCAGGGCCUGUCCAUCAUGGUCACUGGCAAACUGGACUCUGUCAUGAAGGCUCGCAAGGAAAUUGUGGCUCGACUGCAGACGCAGGCCUCAGCUACAGUUGCCAUCCCCAAGGAGCACCAUCGCUUUGUUAUCGGUAAGAACGGUGAGAAGCUGCAGGAGCUGGAGCUGAAGACGGCCACGAAGAUCGCUAUUCCACGUCCUGACGACCCGAGCGGCAACAUCCGCAUCACCGGCACCAAGGAGGGCAUCGAAAAAGCUCGACAUGAGAUUCUUCUCAUCUCUGCCGAACAGGACAAGCGUGCGGUGGAGCGUCUGUCCCUGGAGAAGGCCUUUCACCCCUUCAUCGCUGGCGCCCACAACCGGCUUGUGCAGGAGCUGAGCCAGGAGACAGGCGCCCGCAUCAGCAUCCCUCCUCCCAGUCUGCCCAAGGACGAGAUUGUUAUCACCGGUGAAAAGGAGGCUGUCGCCCUAGCGGUCAACCGCAUUCGAGCCAUCUAUGAUGACAAGAAGAGGAAGACCACCACCAUUUCUGUAGAGGUGAAGAAGUCACAGCAUAAGUACAUCAUUGGUCCAAAGGGCAACACCCUGCAGGAGAUCCUUGAGACCACGGGCGUGUCAGUGGAGAUGCCUCCUCUGGACUCUGGCUCAGAGACAAUCAUCCUCAGAGGGGAGCCCGACAAGCUGGGACCAGCACUGACACAGGUCUACGCCAAGGCGAAGAGUGUGAUGGUGGUGGAGGUUACUGCUCCAGCAUGGCUACAUCGUUUCAUCAUUGGCAAAAAAGGACAGAACAUCGGGCGAAUCACACAGCAGCUACCGCGGGUUCACAUUGAAUUUACGGAUGGUGAGGAGCGCAUCAGUCUGGAGGGGCCAACAGAGGAGGUGGAGCUGGCUCAGGCUCAGAUACAGGAGAUCAUCAAGGACCUGCUGGUGAGGAUGGACUACACUGAAGUCAUCAUAGACCAGCGAUUCCACAGACACCUCAUUGGAAAAAACGGAGCCAACAUAAAUCGGAUCAAGGAGCAGUACAAAGUGUCAGUACGAAUCCCCCAGGACUCCGAACGAAGUGGUCUGGUCCGAAUCGAAGGGGACCCAAAAGGAGUGCAGCUGGCACGCAGAGAACUCAUCGAGAUGGUCCAGAGGAUGGAAAACGAACGCACCAAAGACAUGAUAGUGGAGCAGAAGUUCCAUCGUACAAUAAUCGGCCAGAAGGGAGAAAAGAUCAAAGAAGUCCGAGAUAAAUUUCCUGAGGUCAUUAUCAAUUUCCCUGACCCGUCGCAGAAGAGUGAUAUUGUCCAGCUGAGAGGGCCGAAGAACGAGGUGGAGAAAUGUGCCAAAUUCCUCCAGAAAAUCAUCGCUGACCUGAUUGAGAACAGCUUCUCACUCUCUGUUCCCAUCUUCAAGCAGUUUCACAAAAACAUCAUUGGUAAGGGUGGCGCCAACAUCAAAAAGAUCCGUGAAGAAACCAACACUAAGAUCGACCUCCCGACAGAGAACAGUAACUCAGAGAUGAUCGUCAUCACAGGCAAAAAGAGCAACUGUGAGGCGGCCAGAGAGCGAAUCCUCGCCAUCCAGAGAGAACUGGCAAACAUCAAAGAGGCGGAGGUCACUAUCCCAGCCAAACUGCACAACUCUCUGAUUGGCUCCAAGGGCUGCCUUGUGCGCUCCAUCAUGGAGGACUGCGGUGGCGUCCACAUCCAUUUCCCUGCCGAAGGCUCUGGCUCAGACAAGGUCACAAUCAGAGGGCCAGCUGGAGAAGUGGAGAAGGCCAAGAAACAGCUGCUCCAGCUGGCAGAAGAAAAGCAAAUCAACAACUUCACAGCCGAGCUGCAGGCAAAACCAGAGUACCAUAAAUUCUUAAUUGGCCGCGGUGGGGCAAAUAUCCGCCGCGUGCGGGACAGGACGGGGGCCAGGAUUAUCUUUCCGUCACCAGACGACACAGAGCAGGAGCUCAUCACCAUUGUGGGGAAGGAGGAGGCUGUUCGUCAGGCUCAGAAGGAGCUGGAAAAUCUGGUCAAAAACCUGGAUGAUGUGGUGGAGGACAGCAUGGUGGUGGACGUCCGCCACCACCGCCACUUUGUAUGCCGGAGAGGCCAGGUGCUGCGGGAGCUGGCCGAGGAGUACGGCGGCGUGGCUGUGAGCUUCCCUCGUACUGGAGCCAACAGUCAGCGGGUCACGCUGAAGGGAGCCAAAGACUGUGUGGAGGCUGCAAAGAAACGCAUCCAAGAGGUCAUCGAGGACCUGGAGUCUCAGGUGAGCGUGGAGGUUGCCAUCCCUCAGCGCUACCACCGCGCUGUGAUGGGGCCCAAAGGCUGCCGCAUACAGCACCUCACCAGGGAGCACGAGGUUCAAAUCAAGUUCCCCGAGAGAGACGACAGCGCUGCAGGUCAGGAGCCUCCACCACAAGAAAAUGGUGAAGUGAGUCCAGAGGCAGAGUUUGUUCCCCGCAAGUGUGACAUCAUCAUCAUCUCUGGGAGGGUAGAGAAGUGUGAGAUGGCCAAAGUCGCCUUGCUGGCGCUGGUGCCCAUAACGGAGGACGUGGAGGUGUCUUAUGAGCUGCAUCGCUACAUCAUUGGUCAGAAGGGGAGUGGAAUCAGGAAGAUGAUGGAGGAGUAUGAGGUGAACAUCUGGGUGCCGCAGCCUGAGAAGCAGCUGGACGUGAUCAAGGUGACGGGGCUGGCGGCAAACGUGGAGCGAGCCAAACACGGUCUGCUGGAGCGGGUGAAAGAACUGCAGGCCGAGCAGGAGGACAGAGCUCUGCGCAGCUUCAAGGUGACCAUGUCUGUAGAUCCCAAGUUUCAUCCCAAGAUCAUCGGUCGUAAAGGAGCCGUGAUCUCCCAAAUCAGAAAAGACCACGACGUCAGCAUCCAGUUCCCCGACAAAGGAGACGAGCAGCAGGAUGUGAUCGUGAUCUCGGGGUACGAGCGAAACGUGGAGGAGGCGCGUCAGUCCAUCCAGCAGCUGGUGGCUGAGUUACAGGAGAUGGUGAGCCAAGACGUUCACCUGGACCCGAGGACCCACGCUCGCAUCAUCGGAGCCCGCGGCAAAGCCAUCCGCAAACUGAUGGAGGAGUUCAAGGUGGAUAUCCGGUUUCCUCAGCCUGGUUCAGAUGAACCCGACAAAGUGACUGUGACGGGUCUUCCCGAGACUGUCGACAACGCCAUCGACCACCUGCUCAACCUGGAGGAAGAAUAUAUGCUCAACGUGACGGAGACGGAGACGUUGGCCGCUUACAUGAAGCCCCCGUCUCGCUACGGAGGAGGAGCGGGCGGAGCGGACGACAGCAGUGGAGGUCCAGCUAAGGGCUUUGUGGUGCGGGACGCCCCCUGGAACGCAGCAGGGACCAAGGCUCCUGACAUGAGCAGCGCGGAGGAUUUCCCCACAUUCGGAACCAGCGUGGCCCCGAAACAAGCGUCAGCCUGGGGCCCCAAGAAGUUCUGAAGCUGCUCAUCCGGAGGAAAACAAAAACUUGUGUAAAGUAGAUGAUGAGAGACAAAUCUCUAAUGAAAUUGCUGCUCGCCUUCCUUUCCUCCCUUCCUUCCUUCCUCCCUUCCUCCCUCCCUCUGUAGUGAUCUCCCGUCUCUUUCUCUGUAAAACCACCUUGUUUCCAACCUCCCACAACCAGCCACAUUGAAUUUUUGGAGAACUAUCCCUUUUUUUUUUUUUGUCCUUAUCCGUCUCUCUUCUUGGUACCUCUACGUCCUCCUCCUUCUUCAGAGGAAGGGAAAAAAAAGGGAAAAAAAAGAGAAAAGAACGUUGAAUGCUCCUUUCAUAGUUUUGCUGUUGCGCUCUCUGCCUCUCGGGUUUCACCACUCCUGGGGCUGUUGUUGAAUCAUUCAUAAAGAAACCCCCCCCCCCCACACACACUAUUUUUCACCCAUGAAGGAUGCAAACAGUCAGCUGAUUAGAGUCGGUCGGACAUGUUGGAGUAUAUGGAGACAGGUGAAGGUGGAUGGAUGUAGGAGAUCUAAGGGCAGCAGCGGUGUGAGUGACUGUUUGAGAACAACAGCGUCCUUUAAGCUUCUUUUCCUGUGAUUAUUUGAUAACGAGGGUUUUUGUUGACAUUACCUUUUAAUGUGGUGCAGCAGGUGAGGCAAUGAGCUGCGUGUGUGUGUGUGUGUGUGUGGGAUCAGGAGAAGUUUUUCACCCACAAGUGUUUGCAGAUCCCUUUUUUUAAUUCAUUUGAGGGCGGAGGAGCCGAGACGUUGAAGCGUGUUGUUUUGUAACGAAGGUCGUUUUUCUCACACCUGUUUUUAUUUAUUUAAACCACAAAAGAAGGAGCCAUUUUAUUUGAACUACUGUGAAUCCUGCGUUUUUAUAAAAGCCCUCUCUGUAGCUUGAUGCUGACGACCUUGUGUUUGGGGCGUGAAUGUUGUACAUGCGGGUUUUAGAACAUGUUAUCUGUUAUGUGUACGUGUACAAAGGACUUUUCACUAUUUUUUUAAACUGUUUUGUUAGUUUCUGGCAUAUUUGGAAGACUGUAUGUUGUAGGUUUGUGUGUGAGUGAGUGCAAGUUAAGAUGUAUAGUUGAAUGAAGCGGAACCAAACUUCUCCAUGGUCUUUGUCCGUUUGUCUCUCUCGCUCUCUCUCUCUCCUCUGAGCUGUUCUCAGAGCUCGUUCGGUUUUUUGAACUCUCUCGGCUUGAUCUCUUGAUUUGUGUCAACAUGAACAUGAUGCUGCUUAUAAAUAAUCAGGAAAAAAACUUCCCAAAAAUACAAACGUAACAGCUACAGUUUGGUUUAACGUGUGUGGAGUGAUAUUUUGUAGCAGAAAACUGUGUUGAACCCCAAAAUCCCUUUUCCCAGCUCUGAGAUUUAAAACGCGUUUCCUUUGCUAAAUCAAGUGAAUUAAAUCAAACAUACACACCUGGGGUUUUUAAAAGGAACAGUUGAACACUUUGGGAAACUUGCUUGUUCGAACAUCGAUGCCACUCUGAUGCCUGGGAGGUAAAACUAGAGCCAUUGAUUUGACUCGACAUAAAAACUGAAACAAAGGGGGAAAAUAAAGAAAACACAGCUACCGUUUGUUUAAUUUGUGCAAAAAACUAGUUUUAGAAUUUUUUAAUUGAAUGAAAGUCAAUACAUAAAACAUGCAGUAUAUUAUGUGUUAUUGUGACCUUUACAUAUACAUACACUAGAGGUCAACCAAUAUCUGUUUUUCUGUGGCGAAUAACGAUCUUUUGAUUGUCGCUUUUUUUGAUACACUUUACAUUUUAUCAGAUAGAGAAUUAGUGACAGUUAAAUAAUAACCAAUGAUACACAAAGUCCUACUUUACUAUGACAUUUUUGUCCUUUUUUGGACGACAUACUAUACUAUGACAUUUUUGUCACCUUUUGGACAACAUACUAAACUAUGACAUUUUGUCUAAUUUUGGACGACAUACUAAACUAUGACAUUUUUGUCACAUUUUGGACGACAUACUAAACUAUGACAUUUUGUCUCAUUUUGGACGACAUACUAAACUAUGACAUUUUUGUCACAUUUUGGACGACAUACUAAACUAUGACAUUUUUGUCACAUUUUGAACGACAUACUAUACUAUGACAUUUUUGUCACCUUUUGGACGACAUGCUAAACUAUGACAUUUUUGUCACUUUUUGGACGACAUACUAAACUAUGACAUUUUUGUCACUUUUUGGACGACAUACUAUACUAUGACAUUUUUGUCACUUUUUGGACGACAUACUAAACUAUGACCUUUUUGUCACUUUUUGGACGACAUACUAAACUAUGACCUUUUUGUCACUUUUUGGACGACAUACUAUACUAUGACAUUUUUGUCACUUUUUGGACGACAUACUAAACUAUGACAUUUUUGUCACUUUUUGGACGACAUACUAUACUAUGACAUUUUUGUCACUUUUUGGACGACAUACUAAACUAUGACCUUUUUGUCACUUUUUGGACGACAUACUAAACUAUGACCUUUUUGUCACUUUUUGGACGACAUACUAUACUAUGACAUUUUUGUCACAUUUUGGACGACAUACUAAACUAUGACAUUUUUGUCACUUUUUGGACGACAUACUAAACUAUGACCUUUUUGUCACUUUUUGGACGACAUACUAUACUAUGACAUUUUUGUCACUUUUUGGACGACAUACUAUACUAUGACAUUUUUGUCACUUUUUGGACGACAUACUAAACUAUGACCUUUUUGUCACUUUUUGGACGACAUACUAAACUAUGACCUUUUUGUCACUUUUUGGACGACAUACUAUACUAUGACAUUUUUGUCACAUUUUGGACGACAUACUAAACUAUGACAUUUUUGUCACUUUUUGGACGACAUACUAAACUAUGACCUUUUUGUCACUUUUUGGACGACAUACUAAACUAUGACCUUUUUGUCACUUUUUGGACGACAUACUAUACUAUGACAUUUUUGUCACUUUUUGGACGACAUACUAAACUAUGACAUUUUUGUCACUUUUUGGACGACAUACUAUACUAUGACAUUUUUGUCACUUUUUGGACGACAUACUAAACUAUGACCUUUUUGUCACUUUUUGGACGACAUACUAAACUAUGACCUUUUUGUCACUUUUUGGACGACAUACUAUACUAUGACAUUUUUGUCACAUUUUGGACGACAUACUAAACUAUGACAUUUUUGUCACUUUUUGGACGACAUACUAAACUAUGACCUUUUUGUCACUUUUUGGACGACAUACUAUACUAUGACAUUUUUGUCACAUUUUGGACGACAUACUAAACUAUGACAUUUUUGUCACAUUUUGGACGACAUACUAAACUAUGACAUUUUUGUCACAUUUUGGACGACAUACUAAACUAUGACAUUUUUGUCACAUUUUGGACGACAUACUAAACUAUGACAUUUUGUCUCAUUUUGGACGACAUACUAUACUAUGACAUUUUGUCACAUUUUGGACGACAUACUAUACUAUGACAUUUUUGUCACUUUUUGGACGACAUACUAUACUAUGACAUUUUUGUCCUUUUUUGGACGACAUACUAUACUAUGACAUUUUUGUCACCUUUCGGACGACAUGCUAAACUAUGACAUUUUUGUCACCUUUUGGACGACAUGCUAAACUAUGACAUUUUUGUCACCUUUUGGACAACAUACUAAACUAUGACAUUUUUGUCACAUUUUAGAUGACAUACUAAACUAUGACAUUUUGUCACCUUUUGGACGACAUACUAAACUAUGACAUUUUGUCUAAUUUUGGACGACAUACUAAACUAUGACAUUUUUGUCACAUUUUGGACGACAUACUAAACUAUGACAUUUUUGUCACAUUUUGAACGACAUACUAAACUAUGACAUUUUGUCUCAUUUUGGACGACAUACUAAACUAUGACAUUUUUGUCACAUUUUGGACGACAUACUAAACUAUGACAUUUUUGUCCUUUUUUGGACAACAUACUAUACUAUGACAUUUUUGUCACCUUUUGGACGACAUGCUAAACUAUGACAUUUUUGUCACUUUUUGGACGACAUACUAUACUAUGACAUUUUUGUCACUUUUUGGACGACAUACUAAACUAUGACAUUUUGUCACCUUUUGGACGACAUACUAAACUAUGACAUUUUGUCUAAUUUUGGACGACAUACUAAACUAUGACAUUUUUGUCACAUUUUGGACGACAUACUAAACUAUGACAUUUUUGUCACAUUUUGAACGACAUACUAAACUAUGACAUUUUGUCUCAUUUUGGACGACAUACUAAACUAUGACAUUUUUGUCACAUUUUGGACGACAUACUAAACUAUGACAUUUUUGUCCUUUUUUGGACGACAUACUAUACUAUGACAUUUUUGUCACCUUUUGGACGACAUACUAAACUAUGACAUUUUUGUCACUUUUUGGACGACAUACUAUACUAUGACAUUUUUGUCACUUUUUGGACGACAUACUAAACUAUGACCUUUUUGUCACUUUUUGGACGACAUACUAAACUAUGACCUUUUUGUCACUUUUUGGACGACAUACUAAACUAUGACAUUUUUGUCCUUUUUUGGACGACAUACUAUACUAUGACAUUUUUGUCACCUUUUGGACGACAUGCUAAACUAUGACAUUUUUGUCACUUUUUGGACGACAUACUAUACUAUGACAUUUUUGUCACUUUUUGGACGACAUACUAAACUAUGACAUUUUUUCACCUUUUGGACGACAUACUAAACUAUGACAUUUUGUCUAAUUUUGGACGACAUACUAAACUAUGACAUUUUUGUCACAUUUUGGACGACAUACUAAACUAUGACAUUUUUGUCACAUUUUGAACGACAUACUAAACUAUGACAUUUUGUCUCAUUUUGGACGACAUACUAAACUAUGACGUUUUUGUCACAUUUUGGACGACAUACUAAACUAUGACAUUUUUGUCCUUUUUUGGACGACAUACUAUACUAUGACAUUUUUGUCACCUUUUGGACGACAUACUAAACUAUGACAUUUUUGUCACUUUUUGGACGACAUACUAUACUAUGACAUUUUUGUCACUUUUUGGACGACAUACUAAACUAUGACCUUUUUGUCACUUUUUGGAUGACAUACUAAACUAUGACCUUUUUGUCACUUUUUGGACGACAUACUAAACUAUGACAUUUUGUCCUUUUUUGGACGACAUACUAAACUAUGACAUUUUUGUCCUUUUUUGGACGACAUACUAUACUAUGACAUUUUUGUCACAUUUUGGACGACAUACUAAACUAUGACAUUUUUGUCACAUUUUGGACGACAUACUAAACUAUGACAUUUUUGUCACAUUUUGGACGACAUACUAAACUAUGACAUUUUUGUCACAUUUUGAACGACAUACUAAACUAUGACAUUUUGUCUCAUUUUGGACGACAUACUAAACUAUGACAUUUUUGUCACAUUUUGGACGACAUACUAAACUAUGACAUUUUUGUCACAUUUUGGACGACAUACUUAACUAUGACAUUUUUGUCACAUUUUGGACGACAUACUAAACUAUGACAUUUUUGUCACAUUUUGGACGACAUACUAAACUAUGACAUUUUUGUCACAUUUUGGACGACAUACUAAACUAUGACAUUUUGUCACAUUUUGGACGACAUACUAAACUAUGACAUUUUGUCACAUUUUGGACGACAUACUAAACUAUGACAUUUUUGUCACAUUUUGGACGACAUACUAAACUAUGACAUUUUUGUCACAUUUUGGACGACAUACUAAACUAUGACCUUUUGUCACUUUUUGGACGACAUACUAAACUAUGACCUUUUUGUCACUUUUUGGACGACAUACUAAACUAUGACAUUUUGUCCUUUUUUGGACGACAUACUAAACUAUGACAUUUUUGUCACAUUUUGGACGACAUACUAAACUAUGACAUUUUUGUCACAUUUUGGACGACAUACUAAACUAUGACAUUUUGUCUCAUUUUGGACGACAUACUAAACUAUGACAUUUUUGUCACAUUUUGGACGACAUACUAAACUAUGACAUUUUUGUCACAUUUUGGACGACAUACUAAACUAUGACAUUUUUGUCACAUUUUGGACGACAUACUAAACUAUGACAUUUUUGUCACAUUUUGGACGACAUACUAAACUAUGACAUUUUUGUCACAUUUUGGACGACAUACUAAACUAUGACAUUUUGUCUCAUUUUGGACGACAUACUAAACUAUGACAUUUUUGUCACAUUUUGGACGACAUACUAAACUAUGACAUUUUUGUCACAUUUUGAACGACAUACUAAACUAUGACAUUUUGUCUCAUUUUGGACGACAUACUAAACUAUGACAUUUUUGUCACAUUUUGGACGACAUACUAAACUAUGACAUUUUGUCUCAUUUUGGACGACAUACUAAACUAUGACAUUUUUGUCACAUUUUGGACGACAUACUAAACUGACAUUUUUGUCACAUUUUGGACGACAUACUAAACUAUGACAUUUUUGUCACAUUUUGGACGACAUACUAAACUAUGACAUUUUUGUCACCUUUUGGACGACAUACUAUACUAUGACAUUUUUGUCACAUUUUGGACGACAUACUAAACUAUGACAUUUUUGUCACAUUUUGGACGACAUACUAAACUAUGAAAUUUUUGUCACAUUUUGGACGACAUACUAAACUAUGACAUUUUUGUCACAUUUUGGACGACAUACUAAACUAUGACAUUUUUGUCACAUUUUGGACGACAUACUAAACUAUGACAUUUUUGUCACAUUUUGGACGACAUACUAAACUAUGACAUUUUGUCUCAUUUUGGACGACAUACUAAACUAUGACAUUUUUGUCACAUUUUGGACGACAUACUAAACUAUGACAUUUUUGUCACAUUUUGAAGGACAUACUAAACUAUGACAUUUUGUCUCAUUUUGGACGACAUACUAAACUAUGACAUUUUUGUCACAUUUUGGACGACAUACUAAACUAUGACAUUUUUGUCACAUUUUGGACGACAUACUAAACUAUGACAUUUUUGUCACAUUUUGGACGACAUACUAAACUAUGACAUUUUUGUCACAUUUUGGACGACAUACUAAACUAUGACAUUUUGUCACAUUUUGGACGACAUACUAAAUCCUAUGCCAAUAUACAGCAGGAAGAGCAAAUAAGUGAGUUUCCCUAAAUGUUGAACUGUUAUUUGAGACACAUUUUAAUGGCAAGGAAGAGCUCUAGAGUCGGAGUAAUAGACUCCCAAGUCAGCGGACAUUCAAACCUAAAUAAAAAACAAACAAACGCAAAGACAGAAAACUCAGGGUCCAACUGAAAAAGUCAGAGCUGGUGUAUAAGUUUCACAUUAAAGCUGAAAACAGAUGAGUAAAUUAAACCGACUAUGCAACCCAACAGGAUCAUCCAGCAGAUAGCCAUCUGUCAACGGUCCGUUCCUGUUGUGUUUACGACAUCAUUACUUAACGUUUGUGGGACAGGAAAGUUGUCAUUUGUCUGUUUUUAGUUGUUGAACUUGAGGCUGAUUCUCUCUCUUCGUGUGUAUAUGUUCAUAAACGGCAGGAUAGUGCUGCCACUGAAGCAGCCUCCAUUUCUGUAAAAACAAAAAACAAAAAAAAAAACACCCACUAUUGGCCUUAAUGAGUAAUUAGUCUACGUUUUGGAACGGUGUGAUUGACUUAAGUAUGCAACACUGCAAUAACAUGUCAGUGACCAGUGAAGUUUUUUUCCUACUUUAAAUAAAAUGUGAAAAAAAAAGGAACCAGAAACACCAGUAGGUUUUUGUCUUUUCUUCUGUAUAUUUAAUUUAUACUCCCUACCCCCCCCCC